AUGCUGCUUUUCAUACUCGGUUUUGCACCUUCUUGCCUCGAAGCAGUAACCAAUUCAUCUCCCUUCUCGAAUCGCCCUCGUGCAGCUAUCCUCGUGUACCGAGUCUUCAACAACUACCGCAAAUUACCAAUCAAGGUGCUUCAUGCGGUUCUACACAUUCUUGCCUUUCUCUUCUCCGUUAUCGGCAUCCGCGCCGUGUUCGAAAUGCACGACAUCUUCAACAUUCCACAUCUGUACAGUCUGCACAGUUGGCUUGGAAUCUGCACCGUCGCUCUUUUCGACAUACAAUGGAUUGGCGGCCUCAUUUCUUUCCUUCUUCCUCAAAUCCCCCAAAGAGUGAGGGCGAAAGUCUUGCCUAUCCACGUUGCAUCUGGCAGCUUCCUAUUUCUCUUGGUCGUUGCCGUGUGUGUCUCCGGUAUCACAGAGAAAAACUUUUUCGAAAAACAAUACAGCCUAUUUCUUCCUCGGGAGAUGAUUGGAAAUGCCCUCGGUGUCUGCAUCGUGUUGUUCGGUUAUCUAGUCUAUUUCCUGAUCACACAUCCGAAUUAUCGUCGAGUUGAAGAGGUCUCUCCUGAACAUCGUGCUCUGAACGAAUAA